UCGACGAUUUCCCGGUUAUGGGAUUCUUCAAAUCAUCAAUGGAUUUUCUCAAUAGAACGUCUUCUAGCUAAGUGGGUGCUCUCUGUACUCCCAUCCUGGGGCUUUUUCUCUGCUAGAAAUGCCGUGGAGAUUACUCCAUGGAUGGGAAGGCUAACCUUCCGGUCUCACCUCCAACUGCCAAGAACCUGAUCCGUCCAAUCAAUCCCGAUACUACAUCGUCUUCCUCAUCCUCCCUCUCUUCAUCCUCACCGCCGGACUUUCUUCGGCAUGUUCAGGCCGCCUUCAAGCGUCAUCGUCCUCUCGGUACAGUGCAAUCAAAUAUAAGACCAAGGCGCAUGAUGGUUCCUCAACGUGAGGUGUCAAGAAAUUCUACACUAAAAGUUGGUGCAAAUCUAGAUAAUAAGAAGUCCCAGGAGAUAUCCUUAAGCAAGGUUCAGUCGGAGAUGGAGUCAUCUGCACAUGGAAAUAGCACGACUUCUAUGAUUAGAGAAGGUCAGGAGGACGUAUUAGUCACACCACCUUCUGUUUCUGGCAGUUGCAACAACGCACUUGACCAAGUAUGCAAUUCAUUCAAUGCACAAGAAUGUCAUUUAAAUGAAAUGACUAAUUGUAAAGACAAGAUUGCCAUGCAUUCUUUGCCAGUGGAAUCUCAAAAUGUAGAUGGCCAGAAGAAAGUCCAGUUCUUAGUAGGAAACAACACUACUGCCCAGGGGGCCGUUGAUGGAAAGGCCACUGAGUUGGAGAACUUAUCAUCUCAUAUGGGUUCACUUGCAUUGACAGAAAUGGAAUGGGCUUCAAGCACCCAGCCGGAAGAAUCUAAUUUAUUCAAUCAAGAUCCAAAGCACCAAAGUGCUUUGCAGGCAGAGUCUGAGUUAACUUUGAGAUCUGAGGGAGGAUUAAAUUCCCAGUUGGCGAAAAGAACAACAGCUAUUCAGGAUCAUCUGCAGCAGUUCAGAAACUUUUUAAGUCAGCCAGCUACUCAAUCUUCAGUAGUGGGACCUUCAUGUGCUACCACAACAUCUGUCCAUUCAUCUUCAGCUCCCAUGCUGAAUUCAACAACCCAUUAUUCUUAUUCACAUGUUGAUAGCGGUUCACAUUUGGCAGCAGAACCUUUGAGGGAAAAUAAUGUUAAUAGUCAUCUGAUAACUCAAGGAGUUGUGAAAUCAUCUAGCACUUACCUAAAAGAGACCAAUAAAAUGUUAGCAGGACAAGCAGCAGUUGCCCCUAGUUCUGCCGCUAAUGCAGGGUUACCAUCUAAGGAUGGUGACCUUUGUGAGGAGCAGCAAGGCGGCAUGCUAAAAGAAAGUAACGUUUCUAAAACUACUUGUGAUGAUAAGCCAUCUAAGAGGAAAGAAUCUGCAGAUGUUACCAACAUACAGCCUCAGGCUCCAACGUCUAGAACUUCAUUUUCAGAUGUUAAGUUGGACUCAUCUAAGUCAGAAAAACAAGAGAAGGCAGGAAGUAGUAAAAGCACAUCAGGUACUCGGAAAAGGGGCUAUGAUCCUGAUUUGUUUUUCAAGGUAAAUGGCAAGCUGUAUCAAAGGCUUGGCAAGAUAGGUAGUGGAGGAAGUAGUGAAGUGCACAAAGUAAUAUCAUCAGACUGUACAAUCUAUGCACUUAAAAAGAUCAAGCUGAAGGGUCGUGAUUAUGCCACUGCAUAUGGAUUCUGUCAAGAGAUUGAGUAUCUAAAUAGGCUGAAGGGGAAGAAUAAUAUCAUACAGCUGAUUGACUAUGAGGUGACUGACAAGGCUUUGCUUGAUGAAGUCCUGAGAGGCUCCUUGACUAGUAAAGACAGCCGAGUCAAGGAUGAUGGAUAUAUAUACAUGGUGCUUGAAUAUGGGGAAAUUGAUUUGGCUCAUAUGCUGUCUCAGAAGUGGAAGGAACUGGAUGGAUACAACCAGACCAUAGAUGAGAAUUGGCUCCGAUUUUAUUGGCAGCAAAUACUUCAGGCUGUCAAUACAAUACACGAGGAACGUAUAGUGCAUUCUGACCUGAAGCCAGCUAACUUUCUUCUUGUCAAAGGUUCCCUAAAACUGAUUGAUUUUGGCAUAGCCAAAGCAAUAAUGAGCGAUACAACAAAUAUCCAACGGGAUUCACAGGUGGGCACUCUGAGUUACAUGUCUCCAGAGGCAUUUAUGUGCAAUGAGAGUGAUGCAAAUGGAAAUAUCAUAAAGUGUGGCCGGCCAUCGGAUAUCUGGUCUCUGGGCUGCAUCCUCUAUCAAAUGGUAUAUGGCAGGACGCCAUUUUCUGAGUACAAGACGUUCUGGGCGAAAUUCAAAGUUAUAACAGAUCCGAAUCAUGAAAUUACGUACGAGCCCGUUUCAAACCCAUGGCUUCUGGAUCUCAUGAAGAGGUGUCUAGCAUGGGACCGUAAUGAAAGAUGGAGAAUCCCUCAGCUUCUCCAACAUCCGUUUCUUGUUCCACCAACCCCGCCACAGCCUUCCCCGUUCCAAGACCAAAGUUUUAAAUUGCUACAAUUUAUAGCUGAAACCUGUAUAGAUGACCCAGAAGCUUCAAAGCUCUGUUGUGAGCUCCAGCAGGUGGUUGGCGACCCACUCAAAUUAAUAACUCCUCACUCUCUUAGCUCACGAGAUCAUCAAUGUAAACUAUUGUCCCAAUUGUCAGAACUAUGUCUCCAGCUGCAUGAGCGACUAAAAAGUUCAGAUAGAGAAGCAAGAUAGAUUCAUCAAAAGGCUCUUCAGGUUUUUUAUUUUGUUAGUUACCCACUUGCUCGGGAUUGCAUUGUAUGCAUUUUUCUUUACUUUCAUGUUUGAUGUGGUGCUGAUUAUUUAGUGGUUUUUAAUGUGUGCAGCAAUCAAAUCGAUUGAACAGUGUAUGCAUUUUGUAAAGUGAGACUGUACCAGCAGCAUCUUCCUUCUUAUUCUUUAUAAAUGUAAAGUUCAAGUGGUAAGAGUAAAGUUGGCUGUCCA